GGUCGUGACUAGUUAGUUAGUUAGUUAGUUUUACUGGUAUAGUGAUAUUUGUGGUAUAUUUAAAAAGAUAUUAAUUUCUAAUUGUGAGAAAACGGUGAAAUGUAUAAUAACAUAAAGAAAUUGGGGCCUUCAUAUGAUGCAUCAAUAAAUAUAUAAAUCUAACGAUACAUAAAAAAUAAUAAAAUUAUUCCUUUGGAUUAUUUAAAGUUUUUUCAGAUAAAACACAACAAUACCGAGCUAUCAUUAAAAGAAAAGAAGAAAUUGCGUAUCAUCUAUGUUAUAUGAAAAAUAAAAAAAAAGAUAAAAUUAUAUAGAUUGCAGAUACCAAAUGAGAGCUCCAAUUGAAUAUAUUAACCAACCCAGAUUAUUUACAAUUGUAAUUUAUCAUUUAUAAGACACUUGACCAUCGACAUCGGAUAACGUUUUUUGGAGUGAUAAAGGAAAUAAAAAAAAAUGAACUCAAGCUCAGAUUUACUAGAACAUAAUGAGAGGAUACAUUUUUGGGAAUUCAAAGGCAAAGAAGAAUACGUGGAUGGAUGGUUUUUAAUGGACUCCCCAUUUCUCAUGGCUUUGAUUAGUCUCACAUAUCUUGUGUUCGUACUUAACAUAGGGCAGAAGUUUAUGAAAAAUCGCCCUGCGUUUGACUUAACGUUUAUACUCGGAGCGUAUAACUUCCUCCAGGUUAUAUUUUCAGGAUAUAUACUAUAUAUUGGAAUUAGAAUUCUUUCAACAAAUGGAAUUCUAGGCAAGUCAUGUUUUAUGGAAACGGAGGAAAGUAGAUAUAUUAUUACUUCAAGUAUAUAUACAUACUUUAUUGCUAAAGUAACAGAAUUAUUGGACACGAUAUUUUUCGUUCUUCGUAAAAAAUACAACCAGGUCACAUUCCUCCACGUAUACCAUCACUUUCUUAUGUUUUGGAGUCCGUGGUUCGUUGUGAAGUAUGAGCCAUCAAUCAGCACCGUUUUUCUUGGAACUCUUAAUUCAUUUGUACACAUCAUAAUGUAUUCUUACUACGGACUCUCAGCCUUCCCGAGCAUGUCUAAAUAUCUCUGGUGGAAGAAAUAUAUAACGAGAAUGCAAUUGAUACAAUUUGUAUUUAUUAUUUCACACGCUGCAGCCAGCACGUUUUUGGAACGUUGUCCGCCGUCGAAUACUUUAAAGUUUGUGAUAAUUAUGAACGCCUCGCUGUUCAUCUAUCUCUUCGGAAAGUUCUACGUCAAUGCUUAUUUAAAAUCUAAAACUGUUAACCUUAAAAAUAAUGAAAUCACUACUCCCAAUAGUAAAAACAUAAAAGUUAAUUGAAUCAUGAAUAAAUGUAUGUAUAACUAAUUAUUAUAAUUUAUAAGUCGAUUUUACAUUAAAAGUGGAAACUAUCAUAGAACUGUUAAAAUUAAUUAUUGUAUUUAUUUGUAAGAAAGUGUAUAAAAGUUUAUUUUUUUUUAUUGUGUCAUCAAAAAAACUUUGAAUGAAAAAAAAAAAGCUCCAAAACAAUUUGUGUCGGAAAUCUGUUUAAUAUAAUUUUUAAACAAAAAUACUUAUGAAUAUUACCAUUGUUCUAUGAAUAUUUUUUUUUUGUUUCAUUCUGUGAAAAGCCUGUCGAACUGAAAGCAAUGAACUAGUUAUAGUUUCCUGAGCAAGUUUACAGAAUUAAUUUGAGACAUUGUAUAGGAUAAAAGCUUUUAUAAAGUAUUUUGUUAGAGACAGGAACACUAGUUAUCUAGGGUUUGGCAUAAAAACGGUGGGGAAAGCGUUUUCCAUAGUAAAAAAACUUCAUUCUUUAAAAUAUAUUUAAAAUGCUGAAAAUAAUAUAUUUUUUAAGAUUUUAAUUUGUUCAUAAAGAUAUUAUUAGAUUAUGCGUAGAUUUAUUUUAAAUAUUUUAUUUGUUUUUAAUCAGUAGAUAUUAUAUUUUAUUGCUAUUUAUAAAAAUACAAACUACACUAUGCAAAGUGCUGUCGAUAUGUUUUUAUAUCACUGGAAGCCUGCCGAUGUUACUUUUGACUCUUGGCUCUGAUUCAAUGGUAUUUAAAAAUAUAUAUUUAUUGUUAUUUUUUUGUUCCAUCAAUCAAUUUUCUUACCACAAUGUACAAUACAUAAGGAGCAAUUCAAGUUUUUCUGGACAAACCUUCGUUGAUACUGUGGCAUGAUUUAAGAAUGAAAAACUGGAAAUGCUCCGUAUUUAGUGUGACGUCGGAAACUCGUGGUAAAUGUUUUGUUAUGUUUUGUAAUUAAUUGAUUGCAGAUAUUUUUUUCCGCAAAUUUUUGUAACAUAAGACAUAAUACGUCAUUCGCAAUUCCUCCUGUGUUUCAUAUUGAUGUUUUUCAAAUAAAAAAACGAGGAAUAUGUUUUGUGAAGUAGCUAAAACCAGACUGGCCGUCCGCUUAUUUGACACAAUUUAUUUACUACAUGGGAUAUUACGAAUUUCGACUUACGACAAAAUCAAAACUUCCCACAUAUUAUAAUGUGACGCCACACUUUACUCUCCUACAUCAGACAAUACCAUGCAUAUUAAAUUUCACCAUUAAUUUUAAGUUGAUAUUUUGCCACUAAAAUUUAUAUAAAAAUUCACAAUAUUUAAAUGUAAAGUAAAAUACAUCGUCAGUUUUGAACAUAGAACUUAACCAAAUAUUGUUAUUUACAUCAUUUUAUAUUUUGUUUCUAAAUGUUAUAUACAGGUUUCUAAAAUAGUUUAUUACAAAAUAUAAA